AUAUAAAACGACGGAGUUUUCUGUAAUGGCAACAUUCCCCCCACCUAUGGUUUUACGAUCUUAUUCCACUCACAGCUCACGGUUCCACCGACCACCGUUUCGUUCAAGGUUCCGCUAACCACUGUUUUGUCGGGUUUUAUCUCCGACCGUCGGAAAACGCAACAGUGAGCUACUGGGUGUGUUGACACUGUUUUUGGGUUUGGGUUUUACUAAUUUGUUGCUUGUUUGGUGAAAUAUUGGGUUAGGUCACACUCGCAGUUUAAUUUUACUCCCACACUUGGUUGCAAAACCAUCCAAAUAUUGUUUGCUUGGUUUUUCGAAUUCUGAGUUUUUGUUUUCUAUAUUGUGUGGUUUAUGAUUUAAAUUCUGUGUGGUACUGAAAGUGUGGCAUUUGUUUAUGUAAUUGUAUUUUGGAUUCCUCCAUUUGUACUGGAAAAUCAAUUAUUAUUAUUUGUGUUUUUAUUUGUUUAUUUAUUUAUUUUGAUGAAAGAGAGAAUCUUGUCUACUUUGAGUAAGUUUAUUUAUUUAUUUAUUUAUUUAUUUUAUUAUUUGUUUAUUUAUUUAUUUUGAUGAAAGAGAGAAUCUUGUCUACUUUGAGUAAGGUGGUUUUAUUUAUUUAUUUAUUUAUUUUAUUUUAUUUUUUUUAUCUCAAUUUAUUGGAAAUAGUUUUGUUAGUACUUUAUUUAUUUAUUUUCUCUUUUUUCCUUUCUGCAUAGGUGACAAUGGUGGUUGACAUGAAAUAUCCAUUAAUCUUGUUAGAAUUGAUUGAUUAUUUAUAAUAUCUUGACAUUUAUAUAUAUAUAUAUAUAUAUAUAUAUAUAUGUACAUAGUGAGUGGUUUGGCUAUUCAUUUUAUCUUUUAAUGCAUAGGUUGAAUUAAUGGUGGCCAUUGGAAUCUACAAACACAAGUACACGAUUAAUGCUACAAUUUACAAACAAGAAAAGAGAGGCCACAACUGAGAAUCACUAAGAUAAACAUCCCAGAGGAGAGGGACUAUUCUUAUCCAUUACCUAUAAGAAUAGUCCUUGUUGGAUAUUAUUUAUUGGAGUCGCUUAAAGAAUCGAUUGUUGUUUAUAGCUUUACUCCACCUGCAUAUGCAUAUGUAGAAGAGUAGGGUUGGGUUGACUAACUGAAGCUGGUGUUUUCUAACUUGUACAAGAGUACUCUUACCUCAUGGAUCGCUUGAGCAAUCUUCCAUGUGUUAUUGUUCAAGAAAUACUUUCCUUUCUUUCCCUGGAAGACAUUGCUCGUACGAGUCUGGUCUCCAAAAGAUUUAAAUAUCUGUGCUCGUGCAUGCCAGACUUGUACAUACGUCCUGUAAACAGUUCGAAUCAGCAACAUCUCUGUGAUUGGAUAGACAAGUUCCUCAUCUUGCGCAAUGGGGCCAAAAUCCAACGUUUCCAUAUACUAUUGUGGAUAGAAGAUUUUCGAUUUCAUCUCAAAAGAUGGAUUCACAGUGCAGUAUUAUGUAAUGUCGAAGAAUUCGAUCUAUCGUUCCAUAAAAAAAUCUCUCUACCACUAUGCAUUUUCGCUUGUGCAUCCUUAAAAGUGCUUAAAUUGAACUUGGAAUUUGGGGUGCUCAAAUUAUUAUCAGCUUCUUCUUAUAGCUUCAAUUCGCUUCAGGUUUUGUCUAUAACAAGAGUAAAAUUUACUGAGGAAUUGUCCGAGGAUUGGAUUUCAUCUCUAUUUCCCUCUCUUAAAAAGUUAAAUCUUGGCUAUUUUGAGGGUGUGAUGAAGCAUCUGAAGAUCACAAGUUCAUCUCUUGAAUGUUUAAGCAUUACAUGCUCAGAGUUUGUGGGAAUCAGUGUGGUGACCGAGAGACUCCGGAAGUUAUACGUAAGAUGGUACAAGGUUCUUCCUGUGGUGCGAAACAAUAGAGUCUCAUCAUAUCUGAGGUUGUCAUUUAGGCUCUAUGCACCCAACCUUGAAGAAUUCACGUGGAGAGGACAAUUAUAUGCAAACUACUGCUUCCAAGGGAGCUUUAUGUGUAUUGAUGAUACAACUAAUUAUAUUGUAGUUCCUACUGAUUCCAAGUGCUAUUUAUUUCAGCUUCUUCGGUUUGUCACCCAAGCCAGAUCACUAAAACUAGUUGGCUGGGUUCUUGAGGAGUUGUGUAAGCUUGAUUCUCUACCAGUUAUGUCGGAUAAUGUGCAGAACUUGGAAAUACAAGCUUAUUGUAAAACAAAUCACCAUACCCCUACACUCGUGGCCUCCUUUGUUGAAAGAUUGCCAACUUUGAAGACCCUGAAAUGGGAAGGCAUUGGUGUAUACAAUUGCAAGUCAAACUCUUUCAGUGGACAUGAUUUUGAUGCAGAGUAUUGGUAACCUCAACAUCUUGCAUGACUUCAUUGAUUAAAGGCAGCAAAGAUUGAGACUAUGGAUUGGAAAAAUAUUUGAUUAUUUUAGCUUACAUUUGCUUCAUCACUCUGUACAUUCGUUUCUGCGAUCGAACUGAAGUUAAAUAUACUCGCUGAGCUUCUUCUUUCGGUGAUAGUUAGGUGGAAUGGAGAAAAAAAAAAGUGAGAUUUCAUAUAUGUGAGAUGUCUAUGUUUUUAUUUUCCAAUGAUCAAUUGUUGAGUUGAACUUGAGGACUCUUUGUGGUUGUGCCACGCAUUCUAUUGGUUUGAUGUCUGUCAUCAGUAUUAAAAGAAUUUGGAAUGUGGUCUGUCGUCUUACACAAUUUUUAGUUUUCUUUGUGAUUGGUUAGUCUCGUGACUAUGAAGAUUAUGAGUUUUGUUGUAUAAGGGGAAAAUUUAAAAUUUUAAUUUUUGACAACUUUGCAUCCUUGAAUCUUGGAAGAGUGAGAACAAUGAAAGUAUUUUUUUUUUUUUGA